UUUAAUUGGAAGGUACCAACUCUUUCCAGGUUAUAGUUUCUUCCUGAGUCCUUGUCCUUGGAAUUCACCGUCAGAGACCUAGUUAGAAGCAGUGUGGAGAUAGGGCUGUGUUUCAGAGGGGCUUGGCUCAUCGGGGCCCGAGAGGGACCUCGCGGGGUGGCGCGCGCCCGACUGGUCUUCCCCUUCGCCCCGUGGUCCAGUCCAAGAUGGCGGCCACCAUGAAGAAGGCGGCUGCAGAAGAUGUCAAUGUUACUUUCGAAGAUCAACAAAAAAUAAACAAAUUUGCUCGAAAUACGAGUCGAAUCACAGAGCUAAAGGAGGAAAUAGAAGUAAAGAAGAAACACCUUCAGAAUUUAGAAGAUGCUUGCGACGACAUCAUGCUGGCAGAUGACGACUGCCUGAUGAUACCGUACCAGAUUGGAGACGUUUUCAUUAGCCACUCUCAAGAAGAAACCCAAGAAAUGUUAGAAGAAGCAAAGAGAACUUUGCAAGAAGAGAUCGACGCCUUAGAGUCCAGAGUGGCGUCCACCCAGCGGGUAUUAGCCGACUUGAAAGUGCAGUUAUACGCGAAAUUUGGCAGCAACAUAAACCUUGAGGCGGAUGAAAGCUAAACAUUUUAUAAUACUUUUUUUUACCUUGUUUAAUAAACUUGAAUAUUGUCUUAAA